UUAAUCCCGCGAUUUACACCACAAUACACGUAUAGCCAUUCAAAUUUAGCCGAGUGCUCGAAGAUGUAAUUUAUACCCGAACUCUUAUUGACCGCCGCGUCUAAUUAUUCUUUCGGUGAAUUUUAAAGGUGCACUAACUGAAAGUAUGCUCGUCCUUUCGAGAUCACGUCCGAUUCCUCCUUGAAAAUUUGAGGAAUCCGGGUUCCAGCUCGGAAUCCGCACCGAAGAUUACGCUUGCAUUCGGGUUUCACUCUCCGCGAGGUUCCUGCAGAUUUGCGUCGCUGUGACGGCAAUGCGCAGAUAUUUACAAGUCUAAAUCGCCGUGACAAUAUAAAUAUCUGUAUUAAAACACCCAUUGUGCGUAAAUCUCUCUGUUAGAUUAUCGCACGACAAUUCCGAGGUGAACGAGAGCGCGACUAUCUCCAUAAGAGAUGCAGAUAAGGGUGUGUUAACAUAUGCGUUAUCGGGGACGAGCGUACUAUUAUUGAGCGCUAACAAAUCGUCGCCGUUGAAAAAAUAUUGUAUAAACUCUGUGUCCGUCGCAUAAACUAGAGACGAUGCCUUGUUCAAUUGAAGCUAACGCGCGCGUGCGGGAUCCGCGACCUUCUCUUAAGAGGCGUAUAAAGAGAGAUCCGUCGUCACUCGUUGUCGAAAGCUCGCUCCAGAAGCCACGAAGAUCGUCCGGGACAAACUGUUCCUUCUUUCGCGCUUUGCUCGUCGUAUCUUUAACAGCGAUCUUUUGCGCGCUGGAGCCGACCUGGCAGCUUCUGGGUGGUCUGUGCAAGUGCCCCGUCUGGCGAGCCCUAGCUCCCAAUCACCCGGAGCUCGCCGUCUCUAUGGACAAAUCUCCGUCCCACCAGAAGUGCACCAAGGUCAAGAUGGAGCCCUACCUUGACACCUGCUACAGCCAGAGCAACGCGAGCGCGAUGUGCGACAUCCCGUUUCACGCGACGGCGAACACGUUGAUCUAUUGCCAGACCGGCCCGUACGCAGACCCGACGCCUAGCGUCGUUAGGAAUAACGUGUGUGCAGUGGACACCAGGUACGGCGGUUACAUGGACAAACAAAGGUACAGGGCUAUAAGGAAGUGGAGGCAAGUCGAGAAAGACAGAUCGUCCAACAAUAUGGAAGACUAUUUCAUAUUGAAACUCUUGUCCUUUAAUAUCCUGGCACAAAACCUGUUGGAAGAUCACUCGUAUCUGUACAUGGAUCACAACAAGAAAGCACUGAAUUGGAAAACACGAAAGCCCCUUGUAAUACAAGAGAUAUUCGAGGCGGAGGCAAAUGUGAUAUGCCUUCAGGAAAUGCAGGAGGAACACCUGCUAGAGUUUGUGGCUCCGUUCAAGCAGCACGGAUACGAGUAUCUGUACAAAAAGAGAACCAACGACAAGAGGGACGGCCUGCUGCUGUUGUAUCGCUCCAGCGAAUUUGUCUUGCUGGAUUACGCCAAGGUGGAGCUGUAUCAGCCCGGCGUCGAGCUUCUGAAUCGAGACAACGUCGGAAUAAUCGCCAAACUGGCUCUUCGAGAUAAUCCGGAGACGCAGGUCGUGGUCGCCACAACUCACCUGUUAUAUAAUCCGAGGCGCAACGACGUGCGAUUGGCGCAGAUACAGCUCUUGUUGGCGGAGAUCGAGCGGAUCGCGUUCCUCGAAAAUACGAUGGCGGGCCCGAAGUACUUACCGAUUGUACUGGCGGGCGACUUCAACUUGGAGCCGUUCACCGGCGUUUACAAGUUCCUAACGGAGGGCUCGUUCGAGUAUUACGGCAAGGGACGGAGCUUGGAGCCGUCUCAAUAUCGUUCCCUGUCCAAAUCUUUGAUACCACCGCGAUUAUGCGUCACCGACAACUGUCAGCACUUUAACGUCCUGACUCAAAGACUGCGAAAGGAAGGCACCGGUAAAGUCAUGCUGGAGAACAGCGAGUCGCUUCAGAAACAGGACAAGAAUGUGCCAACGCCAUGCAAUAAAAGUGUGCUGCAACAGAGUGCCAGCAGUGACGCCGGCCACGCGCAAGUCAUCGAGAUCGUGCAGGGCCAUUCCGCGAGAUUCUCGUCCGGCACCCUGACGCACCCCUUUAACAUGCGCAGCGUUUACUCGCACGUAGGCGCUCACGGCGAGAAAGAGGCGUCGACGCAUCAGGACGAGUGGAUCACCGUGGAUUAUAUAUUCUACAGCAACAUCCAACCAUUCGAGAAGUACACUCUACCUACAGUGAGCCAAUGCGCCGCGUUACCCAGAAUACCAAAUUUCACAGUAGGUAGCGAUCACUUGUGCCUGGGCGCCACCUUUCAGUUACCGAAAAAGAAAUCUCUACUUUAAAAUUAGAUAGAAUAGCCUUUCAUGUAAAUCAUUUUCUUGUCAUAUUGAAAUUAAAUAUUUAACAGGGAGAGAGAGAGAUAUAUAUAUGUACAUUAAUAAUAUUUUAUUAAUAUUAAUAAAAUUAAUAUUUUAUUAAUAUUAAUAAUAAUUUAUGUCAUUUAUUUAUGUUGGUGAGACCAAAAGAUACCACCUGCAAUUCUUGCAAUUUUUUAAGACAAGCACAAAAUCGCAAGGUGCAUUUUGACUUGUGAAAAUUGCAAGUUUGCUACAAUAUAUAUCUCUUGAGUAACAUCCGGAAAGUAACGGAGAAACAUGAUUUUCUUUUUAGUUUUGUCUAAUUUUUUUUUGUCAACGAUAAGUAAUGAACAGUCACCUUAAAUUUUGUUUUCGGUAACGAAUAAGGGAUAGGGGAUGUUCAUCAAGGACUGCUUAAAAGAUUUUUGAGAAAACGUCAAGAUAUUGGUUUUUUUUGUGUGUGCUGAAAAUGUAGACUAAAAAAUUUUUGUUUGUGUUUCGCCAGUUUUGAUGUAAACAACCCUGUAUGUCACAUAUGUAUAGGACUGUGAUGUAGCAACUAUCGUAUAAUUAUUGACGCAUAAAAAGAUAGGUAAAGUAAACUACGAUUUUACGAAGCUAUAUAGUAAACUGUACAAAUUUUAUAUACAGUAAUAAAUAGAAAAUAUUCUCU